UAUUAUAUAUACCAUAUAUUUUAAAUGUAUUCUGAUACUUUACUUUCAUUCUAGUUCUUAUAACUUUAUUUCUAGUUUGAUUCUUUAAUUCUUUUUGAUGCCUGAAGCAACUUUGGCAAAUUGAAUUUCCCUCUGGGAAUAAUAUUUGUUAGAAUAUGCAGUAUCACCUUGAGAUGUCUGUAAUUAUUACACACAAGAUCUUUGUCUGUUAUGCCAAAGAUGGUGGGUGUCAAAAAAAAACAAAAAACACAUCAUACCCUCCCACCCCUGUGCAGUUAAAGUGGGUGUGGCCAUAAGACAACUGCUGCUUACUGUUCUCUGACCUCUUCAAAAGGGGACAAAUGGGGUGAAUGUGUGCCACCAAAGCAACAUUUGGCUCUCCGUUUGGUGCCGGGGUAUAAAUCCAUGACAGGGUCCUGGGAAUUUCACAAUUGACUGACUGUGCAUCUAACAACAACAACAUUGUCUCCCUGGUCUGGAAACACACAAUUGGAAAAGAGGACAAUCACAGAUCUCCCACCUUGUUGAGGAGAGACUUUGGACCAACCACAAUCAACUCUGUCUACCGGCUGUUUACUUGGAGCAGGUCGCAGGAACACAAUGAACAUUCAGUCUGCCAUCAACAAAGAAAUCUUCAUUCCUCGUGAUGAGCGGAUGCUGGUGGCAGUUGAGGUGUGGAGGCGGAAAAGGAAGAGGAUGUCCUUCCUGCUGAGUGGAACUAAACCACACUAUGCAACAUUCAUCUGUGUGUCAGUGACUAAUACAAGACCACACCAGCUCCUCAUUACAAAGGUGAAGAAAUUUAGUGGCUCCCCCACCUUCACCAGGAGGACCCAGUGGACAGUGGAGCAGCUCAAACAGGUCAACGGCAUCAACCCCAACAAGGACAGCCCAGAGUUUGACCUGGUGUUUGACAACGCUGUGGACCAGUGGGUUGCUGGGUCAUCAGCAGAGAAGUGUAUCUUUGUCCAGAUCCUGUACAAUGCAUGCCAGACCCACUUGGAGGGGAAAUCUGGUAGUAUAAGAAAAUCUGGGAAGCUGGGGAAGCUGGGCCGCCAGAAGAGAGGUGCUCACAGUGAGGUUGGAGAUGGUUCUACUGAUUCCUCACCAGCCUCUGGUUCCAGAACCCUGCUGGCCAGACGGAAGAGCUAUGUUCCUCCAAAACAGACAGAGUUCAUCAACUGCCAGUCUAAACUCACAGGAGAUGCCUGCACGAUGAAUCUUGUCAUCUAUCGCUGCAAAGCCUUCUUGAACCAUAUGAAGAAAAUGAUGAUUGCAAACCAAAUUCAAUCUCCAGGUCGAUGUCAGCUUGGCCAACGUGCCACAGGCAGCACUGAGGGUAAUGUAGUUCACAGGAUGAACGUGGCUCUGGGCGAGCGUGGAGACAGACUGACACGAGCUGAGGACAAAACUCUGUACGUGAUGCACAAGGCUCAGCAGUUUGCAGACACUGCUCACAAGCUGGCCCUGAAGUACAAGUAGACUCUUUUGGAGGACAAGGAUGGAUUCUUGAUGAUGAUGAAGAUGAUGAAGAUGGAUCUUGUAACAUAAAAACUAACACUGUGUGAUGCUGAUGUCUGUCUCUGAGGAACAUCUCACUUCUUUGCAUCACAGCUCUGCUCCUCACACUGAGAAUUGGCUGUUCUCUGCUCAGUUUCACUAUGUUUCUCCUGUUUGCAGAAUAAUAGAGCUGUUUGUUUUCUGUCUGCAACGUUCUAAACACUGCUGACAUUAAAAUUCAAAAAAGUCUAACGUGACAGACUACAUAAAAGGAAAAUGAGGCACCCUGAUGUGGGUCCUGACAAAGUCUUUUUCACUAUUAAAUGCCUGGUGUGUGAAAUGUAGGUAAAAUGAUUCUUAUUUAGCAGGAAUUCAAAUUUAAAACAAACCCUGAAUGAGCUUUUUCCAAUCUAUAACAGGAGCGGGGUCAGCGCUGUAGAGGCACAAUGGAGCUUUGGCUCAAUGACAGUAGAUGUUCUAACUCUUGAAGAGCAAUAUUCAGCUGCAACUUCACCUGUAAGAUCUCCAUGAUUUAAUAAGGAUUUUAUAUUUUCUCCACAAAUUGCCUCAGAUGCUCUUGAGUUUAAACAUUUUUAUAUUUGACAUAUACUGCUGGUAUUGUCCUUGCUGAGAAUCUGAUACUUUACUAAUCUUGUUCAACUCAUGUAGCACUGUUGACAUUUAUUUUGAAGCCAGUCACUGACUCAUUAUUUCCUGUCUUACCUGACAUAUGACUGACAGGUAGUACUGUGCAGAGGGAAUAGUAGAUUUAACUAAACUCCAGUGUUUGGACUACACAUGAUUCAUUGCAUGUAUUAUCACUUGUCAUUGUUUGUUUUAUUAUUAUUGUUGUUGUUGUUGUUGUUGUUAUUGUGUAUGUGUGUGUGUCUGUACAGAAGCAUCACAUUGUCAAACCUGUGUUGUCCUCGUUCGUAUCACUGUGUCCUGAGUGUUUUUACUGUUGUGUCUUCAGUGUGUCACCACUAUUUUGAGUUUGUAUUGUAGUUUUGUGUUUGAGGAGUCAUUCAUUCACAUGUGAGCAUUUAAUGUGUGUAAGCUAAUGUCAUUGUAUCUGAUGUAUUAACUUACUGAUAGUGUUUCCUAUAUGACUCAAUUGAAUAAAAGUGGAUGUGUACAUUGA